UUUUAGUUCAGAGUUCAUUGAGUCAGUUCACAAGAGAUGAAACUAUUCGUUACACUAGUUCUAUGCCUUAGCGCAUGCUCAGGCGCAUUUGGCGAGAAAUAUAGUAAAUUGGCUGCAUUGGAUUCACUUGUUCAAUUUGUAAAAGGUCAAUUGAAGAUGGUUGACAUGGUAUUGGAUCUAGACUGUGCUAAUGCAAAAUAUCCACACGGUGCCCGUGGAAAGGUUAUCCAUGGCUGUGCCGCAGUUGGUAGUCCCGAGUGUGUGAGAAAGGUUGCUGCAAAAGGCGGUGAUAUUAAUUACGUAGAUGAUCGUAAAAAGUCUGCUUCGGAAUAUGCUGAACAGGGUGUAACAGAAAACCCUGAUGAAUAUAACAUUGUUCUUGGCUUAGAUUAUAAAGGUGUUGUCGAAACAAUAAAAGAGCUCCAAAAUGCCACUGAUUAUGUCUUGGGCAGAGAUUGCUAUUUGAAUGACACAGAAUGGGAACAAAUCAUGAGAGAAGCUUUCAAAAGUUACUUCGAUGAAGCGAUUGAAGGUGGAGUGAACAGAGAAGUCAUUUAUCCAGUCCAUAUUGGAGGGGGCACAUUCCUUCAUGGCUGUGCCCAAUCAAAUUUUUUAACUUGUGUCAAAGUGAUGUUAGAAAAUGGAGCUGAUGUGACAAUCAAAGACGAUGCUGGGAAAACCGCCUUUGAAUUAGCCGUCGAUAGAAGUUAUUUGGAAGUAGCUGAACUACUGAAACCGGCGAAUGUUAUUGGAAAUAAAUUAGACAGCCUAGAAGUAACUAGUGGAAAAGCCGUUGAUUCUGAAAACAAUUUAGACACGCUAGAAUCAACUAGUGAUAAGGCUGUUGAUCCCGACCAACUUUUGCCUAUACUUAGAUAAGGUUUGCCUUUUAUUUCCGAACAUUCAAUUGCUGUUAGUUUUUGUACUUCGACAUAGAUAUCAAGUUUUCUCCCCAAAUAAAUCAUUUGAAAGAAGAAGAAAAUAAAGUGUUAAAGUUUCAUCGCUUCAACGUGAAGAGA